GAAGCUUUUUGCUGAUGUCCCGAACCAAAAAAAAAAAAAAACAUGGUUCAAUCUACUUUUAUGAAAAUGGAUUGAUAUGCAUUUCAUCUUAAAAAACAGAUGAUUGCACACCGGUGAAGCGAAACUUCAAAAGUACCUCAAUCAACAAACAUGCAGAAGAGAAAGUACGGAUCCUCUGGUCUUUCCUUAGGCAAGAAGUUUUAAAAAUUGUUAAAAUUAGAGACAAUGUAUGUAUGAACGACUCGUAAAGGCCCUUACCUUAGAAACAUUACAUUCAACUGAACAGGAGCAUUCGAAGAACGAUUUUUACUGAUUAAAAGGAAUACAAUACGUUUCAACGAAGACAUCUCAAGUUUUCCUAGCUGAAAUGAUUUAUGCAAGUUCAUCAAUCAGUCAAGGAUUGCUGCAUUCCUAUAUGGACAUGAAUCUUGAAAUUUAUGCAAAAUCGCGUAUCUUCGUAUAGUAUAAGUUUUUCUCACUCGCUGUAUGAAUUUUGUUUCUUCCUGACUUGUGCUUCCGUUUACGCAAGACGUUUCCUCUCACUUACCAAAGAGAAGAAAGAUAAGUCAAGAAGACAGUCGUUUUCAACGUUGAAUAUAAAAGAGAACCAUUCGAACUUCCAAGAAAGCAAAACCUCACAAGAAUCUUCCUAAACAACGAAAACGAAAUGGGUUGUCUCACAAUGAUGAUUGCCUUAAUCUUUGCAAUUCAGAGAUGAUCAAUUCCCUAUCUUGUUUUAUGACUGAGAAUUUUUUUUUUGGAUACUAUCCAAUCCAAUUUAGAAACUUGUAUUGAAAGCGACGAAAGAAAAGGCUGUUUAUGCAUGCAAUCGGUAACCAAGGGAUUUAUCAAGCUACUAUCGUGGUAAUUAUCUUAGUGGCUUUCCUAUAAAUACAAAUUCGCCUUGAUUGAAUUAUCUGUGAUGGUUAGGUCUAGAUUGUCUUCCAAACUAUUGAUGGGAAGAGCUUUUGUUAUGUUUCAGGAUUACUUUCGCAUAAGCCUACAAGUUUUAAUGAUGAACAAGCUUGACCAUAACUUUUCAUGUUUUAACUUGAGAGCUUCUACUACUCCCGAACGCGACUUUAUGCCAAUAAACCAGUUUUGUGUUUAUGUACCUUUUGUUACUUUAUUUUUAACUUUCCAACAGCAGUCAGGAUGUUCAAAUCUAAUUUCGGUUUCGCUUAUUAAGAAAAAAAAGUUGCUUUUACCAAUAAAUAACAGACUAAGUCAACGCUAAACCCAUUGUUCUUAGUUUACGCCGGAUAGUUGUCCAAGCAAAUGCAUACACUCAAGUUAAAAAUCGCAAUUUUACUAACUAUUAGAAGGAUAAAUAUUAAUCAAAAUAUAUUUAUUUUUAACAAUAAACAAGUUGCUUUUGGUCAAGAAACGCAACGUUAAGAGUUCCUCGAAUAAACAAACAGACACAACCAGAAAAGCGGACUAGCGACAAAGAGCUACUCGAUUUGUCCUAGGAUACUUUUGGAAUUAUUUGUGACGUCUCCUUAUUGAAGAAAACUCAAUGCUGGAUUGUUGAGAAAAGGAUCAACCUGUUUUUAUUAAGAAGCGAAUUGUCUUUCAUACCCAGAUGCUGCAGCUCUUAAUCCUUUGGUUAUUAAUCCUACUCAAUUCGUUAUUGGAACAUAAACCCAAAAGCUUGGCUUGGCCAGAGCCAAAGCUUGUUGAGGUUGACAGAUUCAACAUUACUAUUGAGAGAAUUGAUUGAUUAAGGAAUGCAAGCAUCCUUCGAGUCUGGUCUCAAACCCUUUUAUCUCAUGCUCAUUGCUAAACGGUUUCUAUUCAACACGCACGUGGAUAACAGAAGUAGAUGGAACGCGGUCUCUCGUAUGCUGUAAAUUGCAUCUUGCGAUGUAAACUAACGCUUGGCUAGGAAACAAUAGGGGAUCGAUUUCUGCUCUCAAAUUCUAUUACCUUACGCUCGUUGCUAAACACUGUUUUUCCACACGUACGUAAAUAAAAAUAGCAGGUGAGAUACAAUAUCUUGCAUGUUGCAGUUGAAUUUUGGGAUACAAACAAAUAUCAGAAAGCAGCAUUGUAGGAGAAGACUUUGAGUUAAAGAGAAAUUAAAGCAACGGAGAAAAUGAGAAAUGGAAACAGGAAAUCUCGAAAGGGGAGAACUAAAACAAAAUAAAAUUAGAAAGGAAGGGAAUCAAAGUACCGUACUCAAAAAGAUGUCAAAAAACUCAAAACAAACAAAAAAUAUUUUUCUAGAGAUGCAAAAGGAAUAGGGAUUAUUGGGAAAUGAAACAUGAUGCAUUAAUAGGUAGCCCAAACUUUUGAUGGAAUUUGAAGAGAGAAAAAGGGUGUCAGAAUAACUGGGAGCAGCCUCUAUUUAAUUAUUUUCCAGUGAUGUAAAGCAAUUGAUACAACCGAGGACACUCAUUUCUUAAGCUUUUGUUACUAUAAACUGAAUUGAAAUCCUGUUUAGCAAUUCCUUCAUAAGGAGUGAAGCUCAUGAGUUUAGAAAAGACGCUAUUUGAAACGCAUGUGUUUUCCCUGUCAAAAGGAAAGAAACUAUACCUCAAUUUAUAUCUUUUCAGGAUGUACGUUUGUUGACAUUUGAGAAUGUAAACAAACCAACCAUAACAAACAGAGGAAAUCCCAUCAUUGGAUGAUCUUUUCAAAAUGGUUAAAAGCUAAAAGGAAUGCAUGCUGCGCCAUUGAUUUAUCUAUUUUUUCGAGCCUUUUCAGGAUGUAUGUUUGUUUAUACGUCAAGUAAUAAACUCAUAAUAAGAUUAGGGGACCAUCCACAGGCGAAGUGAACUUUAUAAUGAAAGUCUUGUACAGCAUCUGUGUAGUCGCCGACUAUUGCUGAAAACUAAGCCUUUGCGAUAUUAAUUUUUGGUUGUUUGAACACCAUUAAAAGCGCCUAAAAAGGCAUUAAAAAGUUUAUAACUUUUAUUGAUAAGUGUCUUUACAUGCCUAAAAUAAUCGAAUCUUCAUGGUAAUGACACGUUACUUGGGAAGAGCAUGCUACCUGAAUGUACGAGGUAAAAUUUAUAACGACGAUUAAAAACAAGCGGUAAGUGAUAUAGCGAAGUUCACCAAAAAAGCCUGAAUGGUUGAUGACAGUUUCACCUUAGCGAACCAAAAGUCAUUACCAUUGCGUUUUCAAUUCGCG